AUGUCUUCUAGUAUAACUAAUUUAACAGAGUUGAAUUUAGUUACUAUUCUUCAACAAGCUAGCGAUGUUAAUAUUGCAAAUCCAAAUGCCCAAAGAUUAGCUGAACAGCAAUUAAAGCUUUGGGAAACUGCACUGGGAUUUCAUUAUCUGUUACAAUCAAUCUAUUUAGACUUAUCUAAUCCUUUACAAGUCAGAUGGUUAGCUGUAAUACAAUUUAAAAAUGGUGUUGAAAGGUACUGGAGAUCAACUAGAAUUAAUGCUAUCAGUAAGGAUGAAAAAGCAUCUAUCCGAAAUAGAUUAUUUGAGGUUCUAGACGAACAAAAUAACCAAUUAUGUAUCCAAAAUGCACAAGCUACUGCAAGAAUUGCUAGAUUAGAUUUUCCAUCGGAUUGGACAAAUUUAUUUGAAACUAUAGACUAUAUAUUAAAGAGAAUUCAAUCUCCAAGCUCUAUAUCGGAUAAGAUUCAUCUUUAUAAUUUAAUGAUUCAUCUAAAUCAAAUUAUUAAGUUAUUAAGUGCAGCAACUAUUGGUAGAUGCAAACCGGCAAUGCAAAGUAAAAUGCCCUUAAUUUUCCCAUCUAUUGUAAGAAUUUAUCUUUUUUGUUUUAAUGAAUGGACUUCAAGUAGUGAUUCUAUGAAUCCUGAUUUAAUUGAUUUGCAAUUAUCCUAUAUCACUUUAAAAGUCCUUAGAAGGAUUGUAACUGGUGGAUAUGAUUCCCCUCAUAAGGACGAGACAGUUUGUGAAUUUAUGAAGUUGACCUUAUCACAUUUUGAACUUCUAAUUGAAAACCAAGCUAAUUUUAGUAAAUUUGAUCAAUAUGAAAAAUUUAUUAGAUGUUAUGGUAAGCUAUAUUAUAAUUUAAUUUCCAGUUCCCCAGCAUAUUUUAUUCUAUUUCCUUGUUCAAUACAGAUAUUAAUUUCUUAUACGCAGAUAUUAAUUGAAAAAGCGCCUGAAGUUUAUAAUGAAAAUUCUGAUAUAACUGGUGAUUUUUGGGAACAAACCACUAUACGUGGGUUUUUAAUUCUAAAGAAAAUAAUAAACUUUGUCAAUAAGAAAGGAGUUAUUACUAUAAAGGCAAGAAGUGAUAAGGCAAGUAUUGAUUCAUCCAUUGAGAAAAUUAAUAAUGAUUUCUUGAAUGAGCAACUCAUUAUUAAAUUAUUAGAUAUUCUAAUUGAAUGGUAUUUAAAAUUAAGACCUAUUGAUUUACAAAAUUGGUUUGCAGAUCCGGAGGAAUGGAUUAAUGAGCAAAUGUCAACGAGUUACGAAUAUCAAAUUAGACCUUGUGCUGAGAAUUUCUUCCAAGAUUUGAUGAAUUCUUUCCCAAAAUUAUUGGUACCUUAUCUUUUAAACAAAAUUCAAAACAAUUCUUCGGCUUCAAUGGUUAAUACCCAAGAGGCUUUCUUAUUGAGAGAUUCUUUAUAUUCUAGUUUCCAAUUAAGCGCCUCUGUAGUUAGUGAUAUGGUUGAUUUUGAUAAAUUAUUUGUUGAAGUGUUUUUACCAACUGCAACAAAUGUAAAGACUCCCAAAGACCAACUUAGAAUUAUUAGAAGACGUGUAUCAUUGAUAAUUAAUGAAUGGUCUAUUGUAAAAUGUUCAGAAGAAACAAAAAAAUUAUGCUAUGAAUAUUUUAAUGAUCUUCUUAUGUCUGAUGAUGAUAAAGUAGUUCAAUUAACAGCAAUCCAAUCUUUGAAGACUAUGAUUGAUGACUGGAAUUUUAAAAAAGAUUCGUUUGAACCAUUUUUGAAAAAUGUGGUCAAUAUCUUGUUAAGAAAAAUCUUGCCAACAGUCUCAUUAACGGAAACAAGAUUAUAUGUUUUAAAUACCUUAAGUGAUAUUAUUAUACAAACAAAGCCUUUAAUAUCAAAUGAUCUUCUAAUUGAAAUAUUACAAAUCGUACCACAAUUGUGGGAAAUUUCGUCCACAAAUCCAAGUGAAAGUAUUUUAUCUAAUGCAUUAUUAAGAUUAUUGAAAAAUCUUGUAAACUCAUUGGGUCCUAAAUCUCAUUUAACUUGGGAUAUUGCCAUACCUGCUUUUACAAUAGCAUGUGAUCCUACCUCACCACAAUACGCUUUACUGAAUGAGGAUGGGUAUGAAUUAUGGAGUUACCUUCUACAGAAUUAUUCAGAAAAGGAAGUUAAACUUUCAAGUAAAUUUAUUGAUGCCUUACCAUUCUUGGAAUCGGGUGUUGAAAUGCAUUCCGAAAUCUUGCCAACUUUGUUAGAGUUGGUUAAAAGUUAUACUUUAAUUUUAAAUCAGCAAGAAUAUUUUUCAAUUCCAGUUUUCUCAAAUAUCUUUGGUAAAUUAUGUGUACAUCUACUAAAAUUAAGGGAUGAUUCAUAUUAUUUGUUGUUACAAAUUUGGGAAAUCUUAAUCUUAUCUAAUGAAUCGGAUUACGAAAAAUAUUUAUUGCAGAAUUUUUUUUCAACAGGUAUAUUAACUGCAAUCUUUGAUGGUAUUUUCCAAGAAGAAUCACUAUCUAGUUAUCAAUGUAAUCAAUUGUUACAAUUAAUUGGUAGAAUUGCAUAUGUCAAUCCUAAUGCAUUAAUCGAAUUCUUACAGUCCUAUCAUCAGAACUUACCAUCGUCAGUCGAAAAUAUGGAAUUGCCAAUGAUGGAACGUAAGAUUGUGUACAAAGAUAUGACUUUUGACUCGAUUAUAAAUAAAUUACUAUCCAUUUGGAUCAACUGUUUCAAGGAUCUAUAUGAUCCGAAACAAAAGAAAUUACAUAUUUUGGGUAUGUCAAGUUUAUUGAGAACAGGUUUAAUAACGAUAUUUGUAGAAUUUCCUAAUAUUGCUUCAAUUUGGAUCGAAAUGCUUGAAGAAAUUAAUGAAACUAGUAAUGGUGAUUGUGAGAAGUACCAUUUGAACGACGUAAUUACCGAGCAAAGUGCUGAGUUCUUUCAUCUCACAUGUGAACAGGUAAGACAGCAUGAAUUAAAUAAAAAUAACGACCCUGUUCAUAAUAUUAGUCUAAAAGAAUGUAUUAAGCAAACAAUGCAAUUCUUAGAAUCUCAUCUUGGUGAAAAACGGUACAAUGAGUUUAUUUCCAAUGUACCUGUUCAUCUAAUAGAAAAUUUAAGAUUGUUUUUGGGAAUUUCUCCAAGCAAGUGA